UAAAUCAUGAAUGAGAUUUGCUUUGUAAAAGAUAAGACAUCUAAUCUUUUAUCUUGUUAUGAGCUGUCACUGUACACAGUGAUUCAAAAUAACUCUCACAUACUCUGGUGAUGAUAUGCAUACACAAUCCUUAAAGUAUGUGACUGAUAAGGUUAAAAUAGUCUCUUAUCUGCUUUAGCCUGCAUCAAACAUAAACUAUAGACUGUACAUUUGCAGGAACAUUCUGACCACAGAAUACCUUAAAAUGCAUACAGUAAAAUGGUUUAUGUACAAGCACACAAGUAUACAAGUGCAAUGUUCCCUACUGAAAACUUACAGGCCAAAACAGGCCCUCUAAUGAUUUAUGCCACCUGAACACUGGGAGGCACAGUGCAUUGCUUAGCGCUGGCCAAAUGCUCCAGGGCAACCACUGAAAAAACAACACGUUUUCUCUUUUUUUUGACAGUGUGGUGUGUGUGACUCAACCCAACUGUAGUCAAAUGUAUUUGAUCAUCAUUUCACUUGCUGCCGUACAUCUUACUUGAGUCAGUAAUGCAAAAUAUGACAGUUUCGGCCUCCUUUAGGAAAAGGCUCAACUCUGCACUUCAAGCUUUUUUUAAACUCUUAUUACUCAUUCUGGACCAUGUGCCUCUUUAAAAACCGUCUGUCCAAGCAGCGGCUGCAAAGUUUCAGCUCUCUGUUGGUGGUUCAGCUGCUUUAUUGUCUCAGUUGGUAACUACUGUAUCUGUCACUCACUGAAGGAGAAUAGAACACCAUGACUACUGAAGUAAACAAGCUUUAAGUAGCUCUGUGUAUACCCUUAUAACACACAUAAAUACAGCACAGAGAAAUGUAGACAGGAACACUGCAGAACUGUACCACAGCUUGUAAGUAUUUGUUGCACCAGACACCAAAGAUUCAGAGCUGCUGGUGAUGCCAGUGAGCCAACAGAGAAAAUGUUCAUCAAAAAUACCAACCUACGACACCCCAGUCGCCACCAUGAAUUAUUUCUGCCUAGUCGACCCUACAAGGGAGAACCGCCGGCAGUGGCAGGUGAAGGAUUUCUCCUUUACCCGGAUACUCCUGCUAAGAUGGAGACCACAUCAAGAGAGGCUUUCUGCUUUCGACCCGUUGAACAACGAGACAGGGACAAAGGAGUUCAUAUCCUCCAGAAAACACAGCUGGAGUCCCGCCGUUCUUGUCCCACAUCCUCGAGACAAACAGGACGAGGAACCAGCAGCAGGGACGGGGAACCCGGGGAGGACGAGCAAGAAGGCAACCGUGAUCAGACGGGGUCGACAGCAGUGAAAACUGAACCAGAUUCAAUAGAGAUGCAGUCUCAGUAUCAGAAGGACUUCCCUCCUCCGACUUCCUGCCGCAGGAGACGAACACCUGCCCUCCCACAGCCAGACAACAUCGGCAUCAACCCUGCCUUCAGGAUUGAGUUUAGCACGGUCCAAAGAGAGACUUUCCCUGGUUGGCCAAUCAUAAAUCCCAGGUAUGCUGGGAGGAUGAGAGCAGCUUUGUCCAGACAACCAAACAUGAUUUCUGAGUAAUAAUCUAUAACCAUAUCCAUGUGUCUUUCUUGUGAUGUCACCCAGCUCAUCUUUGGUCAUAAAGCAUUUCUUUUCAUUACAAAUAAAUACCAACUACACCAAAUGUCUAAUUCCGUCAUAUGGCUAUAAAUCCUAGCCUGCUAUAAUCAAACAAUCCCGUACACAGUAAUGAAAAUGAUUUAAUAAACCAUUGAAAAACA